GAAACCACAACACAGCAGGAAAUCCUUAUGGGAAAGAGAAAAAAUACAUGCACUGAUGGUGGGAAAAAUGUAAGUGACUACUCACCCCUUUUAAAGCAUCAGAGAAUCCACACAGGGGAAAGGUCCUAUGAAUGCAGUGAGUGUGGGAAAACCUUCAAUGGACGCUCAAACCUUGUUAGUCAUCAGAGAAUCCACACAGGGGAAAGGCCCUAUGCAUGCAGUGAGUGUGGAAAAAAGUUCACUCACAGAUCAGGCCUUUUUCAACAUCAGAGAAUCCACACAGGGGAGAGGCCCUAUGAAUGCAGUGAGUGUGGGAAAACUUUCAGUCAAUGCACAAACUUUGUUAGUCAUCAGAGAACGCACACAAGGGAGAGGCCCUAUGAAUGCAGUGAGUGUGGGAAAACCUUCAGUCAACACACAAACCUUGUUAUUCAUCAGAGAACCCACUCAGGGGAGAGGCCCUAUGCAUGCAGUGAGUGUGGGAAAAAGUUCACUCACAGAUCAGGCCUUUCUCAACAUCAGAGAAUCCACACAGGGGAGAGGCCCUAUGCAUGCAGUGAGUGUGGGAAAACCUUCAGCCAACACACAAACCUUGUUAGUCAUAAGAGAACCCACACAAGGGAGAGGCCCUAUGCAUGCAGUGAGUGUGGGAAAACCUUCAAUCGACGCUCAAACCUUGUUAGUCAUCAGAGAACCCAUACAGGGGAGAGGCCCUAUCAAUGCAGUGAGUGCGGGAAAACCUUCAAUGUACGCUCAAACCUUGUUAGUCAUCAGAGAAUCCACACAGGGGAGAGGCCCUAUGAAUGCAGUGAAUGUGGAAAAUACUUCACUAGCAGCUCAUCCCUUUCUGAACAUCAGAGAAUCCACAGAGAGGAGAGGCCCUAUGAAUGCAGUGAGUGUGGGAAAAACUUCACUUACAGAUCAGGCCUUGCUCAACAUCAGAGAACCCACACAGGAGAGAGGCCCUAUGAAUGCAGUGAGUGUGGGGAAAGCUUCACUAACAGAGCAGCUCAUCUUAAUCAUCAGAGAAUCCACACAGAGGAGAGGCCCUAUGAAUGCACUGAGUGUGGGAAAACCUCCUCUUGCCACUCAGCCCAUGUUAGGCAUCAGAGAAUCUGCAAGGGAGAUCAACACCAUAAAAGCCUCUAGGUCUAGUAAGACUUCUUUUUUUCAUUAAUACUUUGGCUGAUUCUCACACAGCAACUCUUGAAGCUGUUUGAACUGUUUGCAGCACCGUUAUCCCUCAGCUUGUCCAGAUGAGUGGCCCAUUUUGGCCUUUUAUAGGUCACCCUGUUUCAAGGUGGACCCAUUUGUCCUUUCUAUCAACUCCAUUGUCCCAUGAGUAAUUUGAGUGUGCCCUUCCUACUGGGAACCAGGGAACAUCACAUUCAUACCAUUCCUCCUAUUGGAAAGUUAUUGUUAGAGU